GUCGUUUGGCCGCAUAUCGAAAAAUUGGGCAGAAUCCUAUCAGUUUCACCCACCAAAUAACCAGCCACGUAACUCAAGCGCCCGAGUGUUACUGCGAUGGAGUCUCUCCGUACCCGGAAAGCUUCCGUGUCUCGCCCGAAAGCUGCUAAGCCAGCGGCCAAGUUGAGCAAGCCUAGCAAGGAUGCUCGAAAGUCUCGCGUGGACGACAAGAUAAAGAAGCGCAUGUCCAUGCGAUAUGCCGACAUCUCGGGUCCAACUGGCAAUGUAUCUAUCCCUUCGGUCCCAGCAUUGCCCAUUGGACUGCGUCCUGGGCCGUUGAAAGAGCAGGAGGAAGAGAUUGUGCCGGAGCGCACGCUUUCGAAGGAGGAUGUCAAGGCUGCAGAGAAUCAGCUACUGGAUGCGGACACCUUUGACCCUGAUGCCUACCUAAAAUUAAAGCUGGCAAAUUCAACGGAGGCCGAGCUGAAGUCACUGCAGUCUUCUCUUCAGAGCUCCAAAGAUGAUGUUGCAGCAGAUUUGCAGCGGAACGUCUUCAAGAACUACUCUCAGUUCGUCCAUAUUUCCAAGGAAAUAGGUAACCUCGAAAACGAGCUGCUUGAAUUGAAAGAGAGUUUAGCUGAGUGGAAGAGCAUGCCUUCCUUACUCCACAUUGAUGAAUCGGCCUCUGUCGCUGAUCGUCGACGCAAUGUUCGGUCUUCCAUCGCUGACCUUCGUGUGCUCUACGCAAAUCAGAUGCAGAACCUGCAUGCACAAAUAGAAGGAUCGACGAAGUUUGUGCCUACCACGCCAGGAAGACACGUCGUCGCUGAGAUGGACGGCAUCUCAUUGAAUGCCGCAACCUACAAACCAGUACAUUCUGUACGUUUCGUUCUUCUUGACGACGCUGUCCUUGUCGCCCGCAAACGCAGACGCCGCAAUGCCUCAGAGAACGACAAACUCGUUGCGGAGCGGUGCUGGCCAUUGAACGAAAUGCUCGUGCUGGAUACGAAGGAUACUGCUACCAUGGUGAAUGUCUUCAAAAUUAGGCAUGGCAAGGAGACGCACGUCUAUCGCACAGAGUCUCCAGCCGAUAAGAAGAGCUUGCUCUCGCAACUUCGGCAGGUCGCCGAAGAACUUGCGACCAAGAAAAGGAAGGAACGAGAGGGCGAACACGAACGAAGGAAGAGCUUGUGGAAUGGUGGCGAUCGAACCUCGUUUGCAAUAGACGGACCUCCGCCACCAGAUUGGAUGGCUGAUUUGGCGAUGAAGGCUGGCAUGAGCGACCUUGCGAAAGAUAAAGCAGAAAGGGACAAUCGCUGGGUAGGGGAAUUUGCAGAUGAGCUCACUGUUGCAAUUGCCUUGAGAGAAUGGGAUCGAGCAGUUGAGCUAGUGGAGCAAGGCGAAGCCAAGCUAUCAACCACCCCUCCGCUCGCGAGCAAGCUUACACCCCUCACUGCGACCCUGACCUCUUCCCUCCUCCAAUCAUUGGCUUCGCCUAAUAACCACAAGACAACUGUCGUUCACCAUAUUUCUUUACUCGCGCGACUUCGCGCGGAUGCGGCGGGCCGAACAACCUUUUUGGCGGCUCGCGGCGAAAUGAUAAGGAAAUUAGUCCGAAUGCUUCGGUUCGAGGGGCAUAUCGGAAUGUACAUCAACGACCUUGCGACUGUGAUGUUCACAGCUAUCAAACAUACCGCUGAUUGGUUCCUGGCGAGUUUCAAGGAAAACGAAGUAGCUAGCUCCUUCAUUGACUGGGCAAAGAAGCAGAUGGAGACAUAUGCGGAAAUGUUCCGAAAACAGGUGUACAGCUCUGAUGUCGAUCAAAGGACUAUAGACGACGCGCUUAAGAUCACUUACUCACAAAGCCGUAAGCUUCUGCAAGAGUAUGGCCUUGACUUCAGGUUUCUACUAGACGAGCUAUUGGUUCAGGAGCCAAAGGAGAAGCCACAGCCUCCAGCUCGCCCUCAGCCACGGGCGCUCGAAUCAAAUCGGAUCUCUCGCAACAACCCCACUCCUUCACGACAGCGCUCCCCUGCGCCCAUACUCGCCACGCCAACUCCACCCUUCCAGGCUCCACCUGUUCCUCCUAUACCAGCCCUACCCCCAACGCCGUCAACGCCUUCACGCCAUUCGCAUAAUACAACGCCGAUGGCCGUCUCGCCCACCCCCGUGCGCGCACAAAGCUACGGUGUUUCAAUAGAAAGCCCUCGUCCCCCGCGCUCUGUUCGGAGUAGUCCUGCGCCGCCGCCACGGUCGCGGGAUCGUCCAGGUAGCUCAGCAGGCCAGCGUCCACCACCUGUCACUGUUCCGCGGCGGGAAGGGUAUUUCUGA